AUGGAGCAACACAUGAAUCAGUCGCUCCUAAUGGAAUAUGAGUUAACCUUUUAUCUAGAUGAUACAACAACUUCGAUCUUCGAAUGGGCAUUAUUCACCGCAGUGUGCCAGGUGAUUGAUGUUUUUGGAAUCGUCACAAACAUUAUCAACAUCAUUUUCACAAAAAGCAUAGCUGUUAUUUAUCUGGUAUUUGGGAUGCCACAUUUUGCUUUCACUAGAGUCAGCGGUUGUAUCACCGCCUUCAUUACCCUAGAGAGAUGCUUGAGUAUUGUGAUGCCUUUGAAGGUAAUU